AAUACUGCGAAACUCAACCUGCCAGAAUAGUAACGAGCCUGGGAGUGAUUUUACCAACUCUACCUCGAUGGAGUUGGAUAAUAAUAAUACUGCCAACGAUUUAAAUUUGAAUCAACCAAACAUAAGUCGAUCUAGCGUACCGAGUGAUCAUGGGCGUGGUAGAUAUCAAGGUCGGGAGCAUGGUCGAGGAUCGAGGGGAAGAGGAUACCGUAGGGAAAACGACAACUCGACCCAUCAUUCGUUUGUCGUACAAGAUAAGCACAGCUCAUUAUCAAAUGUGUCUGCAGUUUCCAACUCUACUGAACCUAUCACAUCAGCUGAUUAUCAAAAUAAGAAAUCUUAUGGACGACAAGAGUAUGAUCCAAACGGUAAUGAUCAAGCUACGUUUGGACGUGGCCGUGGCCGUGGCGGCUAUCGAGGUAAAAAAUCCUAUGAACGACAAGAACACGACCCAAACGAUAGUGAUCAAGCUAUGCUUGGACGUGGUCGCGGUGGCUAUCAAAGACAAGGCCAUGGACGAAGAGGUGGUACAAGACAGAGUAGAGAAAGGGGAUCAAGUUAUCCAAAACAAGGUGAUGAUCAGGAAGCUUGAAUGUGAUGGGAAAGAACAUUUAUUCAAUAGAGUUGUGUGACACAGAUACACUCACUAUUUCCUUGAAUUUCUUUGAAUAAACUGUUUUUAUUCAACCAUU